CUGCUGCUUAAUAAGAGCCACGGGGGUGGAAGAAUUGAAACUCUCGAUUUGUGAUAUAGGUCACUCUAACUUUUCUAUCUCUAUGGCUCUAAGCGACCAUGUGACGUAAGUGGGCACGCUGCCGUCUGAACGCUGCCGCUUGGUCUACCAUUCAUUUUGGGUCUCCUCAACCAAGCGUCGUCGGCGUUACGUCGCUGAACCGGAAGGAGGAUCUGACCAUCUCUGAGAUGCAGAGUUUCAGAGGACUAAUUUCUGGAGAAUACCAGUAGCUGCUGGAUUUAGUACCCUGCUUUAAUAUUUGUGUGACUGCCUCAUUGAUAAUAUCAAGUUUAUCAUGUGAUUCUAGAACUGGGCAGAAGCACCAGUAGAUAUGCAUUCCAACCACACAACUGAGAAUGGAUGUCGGACACAGGAAGUUACCCAGUUAAUCAAGACUCAUCUGGUGAACUCUAUCAAAGCCUUGCAGAAACAUUAUGUGACCUCUGAUGCACUUGUAACCAGUGAAGAUGAAGACGCCAACACCCUCUGCUGUGCACUAGAAGCAGUGUUUGUGCACGGUUUAAAAGCCAAGCACAUCAAAGCAGGAGCAGGAGCAAAAGGGAGAAAACUCGGGGGACGUUUGCCCCUUCCCCAACCGGUAUUUUGGGCUCUGCUAAAGUCUAUCACGCACAGAAACAUCAUUUCUGAGCUGGAGCACUUGGACUUCAUCAACACAGAUGUGGGCCGCUGCCGCGCUUGGCUAAGGCUGGCACUGAAUGAUGGCCUAAUGGAAUGCUACCUGAAACUCUUGCUCCAUGAAAAAACUCACCUCUCUGAGUAUUACCAUUCACCAGCCCUGCUUCUGGACACUGAGGAGGUUGAGUUCCUCCUCAGUUACCUGCAGGGCUUAUCCUCCCUGGCCUUUCACCUCUCCUACAAAUCAGCAGUUUUGAACGAAUGGACUGUCACACCUUUAUCCUUGUCAGGGCUUUGCCCAGCUUCAGAGCUGCUUGUGGGACUGGAGCCAAGGAGGAAGGAAUCUCUGGGUUCCCUCUCGCAAUCUUCUGGCUCUGAUGAUGUCGAAGCUUCCCCAGCCCUCUUGCCUGUCGCUAAAAGUCAACAGGCAGAUAAACUCACAGGGUCCAACCUGAGCAUCAGCACAACAGGUUCCUCACAGCUGUCUUCCAGUCUCAGCUCUGACAGCCCUCUCCCUGGGACUUCUACUUUCACCCAGAACUUGGACAGAGGUGAGGAGCCCAUCUCAGAUGACUCUGAACUUGGCACGGUAACAGCAAAACACUUGGAUCAGUCCCUCCAAGAGGUGCUAACAGAAUUCAGCAGAGCACAGAGAAAGUCAGAAUUUAAAGAAGUCAAUCAAGCGGACACACUGCUGGAGUCUUCCUCACCCAAGUGCCCCUGCCCUGCCACUAGUCUCUGCACUGCACGCCUUCCUUGUCCUAUAACAGCCGAAUGCCCUGCUGAUACCAAACCACCUCCUAACACAGAAAAUCCACAGCUUCCAAGUCCAGACAACCCACUUAAAACCGAGGAAGUGGCUGUUAGUUCCAGGAUCCAGCAGGCAUCCAUGCCAGUCAUAACACACAUUGACAGAGGCAUAGUGGAUGCAUCCCAAACUCAUCAUAACAUCAAGAGAGGAACUGAAUAUGGGAUCAGCCAAGUUAAUGGUCAUGAAGAAAGCCAUCUAGGGACAGGACGACUUCUCUCACUAAUCUCGCCAGUGGUCUAUCCGAAAACAAGCUGGAUCACUGAGGAUGAUAUUUACCUUCCUUCUUCUCUUGAGGAGAUGGGAAAAGGCCUCUGCCAUUCACCCAGUACCUCACCAGAGCAGCCUGAUAAUAGCCAGCCAUCGAUACAAAGCAGUGCUCUGGAUCCAGACAAGCUUCACGUGACCUCGUUGGAGGCCAGCAAACCCAAACUGUCCCCUGAGAGGGAAGUGAAAGGCUUUAGUGUUGUUCACCGGAGGCAAAUGGGCCUUUCGAAUCCAUGCCGUGGCCUGCUGCAGUUAGGGACCCUGGAGCGGCGAGGGGGCAUGGGCAUCUGGAAGGAGUUCUUCUGUGAGCUCUCGCCACUGGAGCUGCGUCUCUUUGUGAACAGCAAGGAGCGGGUAUGUGUGGAAACCUGUUCCCUGCUGCGGUGUGAGUCCCUGGGAAUAGCUCACAGUGAUGGCCGCUUUGACCUGGUCUUCUCAGGCAAACGGCUGUGCCUUCGGGCCACCUGUCGGGAUGAGGCAGAGGACUGGCUGGAUCGGCUGCGCGAGGCCAUUCAGAAAUGUCGGCCUCAGCAGGAUGAAGACUGGGAAACCCUGGAGAGCUCUGAGCCAGUGGAGGACCUUGAAGCAAACUCUGCUGGUGGGCCACCUGGCCAAUUGUCUGCCCUCUUACAAUACAACGGGACUGGCAGUAAUGGACUGGACUGGACGUGUGCCUUGGCACCCGAGUUGGAUGCAGUCAAAGAGUCUGUUUUGUACCUGGAGACUGAAAGAACGUGGGCCCCUUUUGUGUUCUCCUUGUCCUUAGAAGCCUUGAAGUGCUUCAAAGCCAGGAAUGGUGAGAAAACACUGAACAACAGCUAUGGGAUUGAGACCAUACAGGACAUUUUGCCUGAUGUGAGCCUGGGUGGGCCUGCCUUCUUCAAGGUCAUAACUUCAAAAGCAGUGCUGAAGCUGAGGGCUGAGAACGCAGAGGAGGCUGCUGAUUGGAGAGACUUGGUCCGUCGAAUGCUUAUGUCCUACCUGGAAGCUGCAGAGGAGGCACUGACCCUUGGAGGUAACCUGGACGGGAACUCGCAGGUAGUCUUGAAGAGCACCGUCAAGGGGAAUGGCUUCCUCCUAAAGUACCUGGUUGCUAUCGCAACAGAGAAAGGACUGGAUUGCCAGAGCUUCAUCUGUGCAGGCUGCUCCAGGCAGAUUGGCUUUUCCUUCGUGAAGCCGAAGCUGUGUUCGUUCACAGGCCUCUACUACUGUGACAGUUGUCACUGGGAUGAAGAGUCAGUGAUUCCUUCACGAAUGAUUCAUAACUGGGAUCUCACCAGGCAUCCGAUCUGUCACCAAGCUCUGACGUUCCUGACCCAAAUUCACAGCCAGCCUUUGAUUAACUUGAAGCUAGUGAACGCGGCCCUCUACGACCAUGUGGACCAUAUGAGUCAUAUCUACAAGAGCCGUGAGCAGCUGAAGCUCCUUGGUGACUACCUUGUUCUUUGCCGCAGUGGGGCCCUGAAGGAGAUCAGCAAGAGGCUUGAUCACCGGCACUACCUCCUGGAAUGUCCCCAUAAAUACAGCGUGGCUGACCUGAGGCAGAUAGCAGAUGGGGUGUUUGAGACAUUCCUCCAGUCUCUGAUUCAGUUUGCCUCCCACCAUGUCUACAAUUGUGACCUUUGUACCCAGAGGGGUUUCAUCUGCCAGAUCUGUAACAGUAAUGACAUCAUCUUCCCCUUUGAAUUUGACACAACUACCAGGUGUAAGGAAUGUAAAACUGUCUUCCACAGCAGCUGCCAGGCAAAUGCCAUUUUCUGCCCUCGCUGCAUCCGCCGGGAGAAAUACCAGCAGAAAUUGCAAGCAUCCCUUUAUAAAUGACCUCAGGGUACACCACCCCUUGAAGACAACCCAGAAGAAAGCAGAGGCAAGCUUUGGAGCCAACCAAGGGUGCUGCCAGCCACACAUCUCUUUCCACCUGGAGGUCUAGCCUAGCAGAGACCAUGUGGCCCCUUAUAGGCUUUGGUAGCAUCAACUAUGGAGAAGCGGCCCAACAGAGAGUAGGAGGGAAGAAAAGGGUGACUUCCUCAUACUGAGCUGGUGCUGCCUCUUGGAGCCAGUUCCUUCAUUCUCUCCUGCCUUUAAAUACCUGAUUGCCUCAUGAGCAGCGAGCAUUGGAUACACAUAAGAUAUGUGAAACCAGGACUCCUAGGGAAAUUAAACAUUAGUGGACAUCUCGAUUCAACCACAACAGAGAGACGGAGUGAAUGGGUUUUUUUAAAAAAAAUUAACGCACUUUGUAGCAGAGUUCUCAUGCCUUCUGCACUUUACAGGCUACCCCUGAAUCACCACGUGCCAAAUGGCUGAAUCCUCUGGGAACACAUUCCAUCCUUCCAACUCUUGGUGUCCUCUAAGCAAAGUGACCUUCUUAUAAAGAAUAAACCACUUCUCUGUUCCUUAUUUUUUAACGCUAGGCCAACGGAUUCCAGAGAUGAAUUUUUAUUUUUCCUUUACUCUUCUAUGCAGAUAAUUAAAGUUUAUUUAAUACGGAACUAA